GGCUCUUGGCUGGAUGCCUGGGCAUGAGAAAAACAGCAAUCAGAAGCACCUCCCUCCUCACCCCUCUGGACUCUGUCAUAUAAGCAGACACACCUCAGGCAGGUCCUGUACAGUGCAGUUUCUUUCAGAGGCAAGAGAAGAGACAGGGGAAAGAAAGUAAGGAAUGACAAAGCAGGCGAUGGGUCUCGAAUCUGAGCUGGAAGGUCUUGACCUGAAGUCCGAGUGUCGUCCAAUGCUGGUGGAAGUUGAGGGAGUUCCUUUGCUCAGAGAAAUGGAAGAGAACUGGGAUCAACUGAAAGGCUUCCAAGCGCGCCCUGACGAUCUUCUCAUCUGCACUUACCCCAAAGCAGGGACUACAUGGAUGCAGGAAAUUGUGUACAUGAUCCAGCAAGGAGGAGACCCCCAGAAAUACGCUCAGGUGCCAAUCUACCUACGGAACCCCUUCAUAGACCUUUUUCCCCCAGAGCCCGUACCCUCAGGCUUGGAUGUGGCGGCGGGAAUGCCCUCUCCGCGCACGAUCAAAUCCCACCUCCCAAUCCAGCUCCUGCCGCCUUCCUUCUGGAAGCAAAACUGCAAGAUUAUUUAUGUGGCCAGGAAUGCCAAGGACAACGCAGUCUCCUACUUUCACUUUCACCGCAUGAACAAAUUCCUUCCAGAGCCUGGCACGUGGGAAGAGUUUAUUGAGAAAUACAUUGCAGGGGGAGUGACCUACGGCUCAUGGGCCAACCAUGUUCGUGGAUGGUGGGAGGCCAAAGAACGUCACCCAAUUCUGUACGUUUUUUACGAAGACGUGAAAGAGGAUCCGGCCCGGGAAAUCCAGAAGGUAGCCCAGUUCCUGGGAAUAGAGCUCCCAGAAUUUGUUCUCAACCAGAUUGUGCAGCACACAGAUUUUGAGAACAUGAAAACAAACCCAAUGACAAAUUAUACCACCUUCUCUUCUGACUUCCUGGACCAAAGCAUCUCGCCCUUCAUGAGAAAAGGAACUGUAGGAAACUGGAAGGAACACUUCACAGUGGCUCAAAGUGAACAGCUAGAUCAUGUCUGUGCCCAGUUAUUAAAGGGCAGCAAUCUGACCUUCCGCACACAGCUGUAAGCAUCUCUCCAUUCCUCAUAGUGAGACUUCCAGUCUUUUGACUGAAGAGGAGCUGAAUAAAAGAUCCAUAUUGAUAAAGGGAAAAUCUCUUUGUUAUACAAUACUACUGAUUGAGGUGUUGUUUCUCAGACAGCUUUUAGGAUGUUGUUGUUGUUUUACAAUCAAGCAGUGUAUAAAUUUAAUGAAAUCAAUAAUUAAACCUGCUC